ACCAUUAAUGAUAAACACAGUUAAAUUAUCUGAAAAGAAAACACAAAAGAGUAGAUUAGGACAAGAAAAUCCAGUUAAAAAACAAUUUAUUAGUGAAAAAAAAAGAAAAAAAGAACUUUUAUUCUACUUCUAUCCAAAUGGGCCCCACAACCUUGCACUUUUCAUUCAUUCAUCUGUUAGAAACAAAGAUGACGAUAUUUUCAGCUUCUUUCUUCUCAACAAAAAGAAUCUCUAAUUUCUCUCCUUUCUUUUCUAUCUUUCUCAAUUUCAUUUCGUUCCUCUUUUACCCUUCCAACAUCACCCCUUUUUUUCGCCGAAUUUAUUGUUCUUUUGUUUAAACUAAGGUUGCGUAUUAAUUUUGAUUUUUUUUUGAUUGAAUUACUGUAAGCAACCAAGAUCGAGUGUAAAUUUUAUGUUUUUCUGAUACCCAGUUGAGGAAAGUUUAGAUUUGGUUAAUUGGGUUGGUUAAUUAAUCAUUAGUAUAGAUAAGUUUAUGUGUUGUGUUGUGCCAUAAUCACUUGAUUAUUUGGAGCUUAUUUCUAGAUUAUAAGCUGAUUGUGCUGUGUUGUGUGAUUGUGUGAGUGGAAAAAAUUGAUUUUUUUGUUGAUUAGAGGAUUGUUCCUUAGUUGUGUGAUUAAGGAUGAAAAGAGGGAAUGAUGAUGAUAAGGUGAUGGGGCCAUUAUUCCCUAGAUUACAUGUCGGUGAUACAGAGAAAGGAGGGCCUAGAGCACCACCUAGGAAUAAAAUGGCUCUCUAUGAGCAAUUUAGUAUACCCUCUCAAAGGUUCAACUUGCCACCCCAUCCAAAUACUUCUACCAAUACAGUUCCCCCUUCCUCUUCAAGUCAGGGGGCUGUCACUGAUAGAAAUUAUGUCUUCCCUGGUCAUUUAACUCCUGAAACACUUAUUCGUCAGGCUGGAAAACAUAUUUCUCACCAAUCAGAAGGGGGGAAUUUGAACGCGUCGUUGGCACAGCUUGAGCAGAGAAAGAAGGCCGAUGAAGAUGACUUUAGGGUUCCUGUAUAUGUUCGUUCAAACAUUGGUCAAUCUAAUGAUAAGCUCACUUCUGCUGGCUCUAGGAAUUUUGGUUUUUUUAAACCAGGGAGGAUUGGUCGGGAAAGGGAUCCAAAACAGUAUGCCUCUCCACUUGUUAAUACGGGGACAGACGUGAGAAAUGAGAUUGAUGGUCCUCCGCAAGUAAGUCCAAAUAAGGAGCAGUCGUUUACGUCUGCCAGAGACAUAUCAACUGGAGAACGUAUUGACACCUUAGUAAGACAAGCCAAGGCGACUCCAAAUCAAGAGUUUCAAGAUCGUACUGUGUUUAAACUUAGCAGCUUACGUCAAGGUGAUGGGGGCUCACGGCAAAACUGUCGAGCUGAGUCUCAAUCCAAUGGAACUGGACAAAGUGAUGCUCUCCUUGAAUCUAGAAGGGAGACAAACAAGAGUAACGGCCCGACAACAAACCACACUAGUCCAAAUGAGGCUAUGGAUGGCACUAAAUAUCAUGAUACUGGGACUGUCAGUCCGAUACAGAGAGGAAAUUUAAACAUAAAUGACAACAUUUCGAAGACCUCCAGGGUAGAAAAUUUGUCAACCCUGAAAGUUUCUCCCGAUGAUGUUGUUGCCAUAAUAGGUCAAAAACAUUUCUGGAAAGCCAGAAAAGAAAUUGCCAAUCAACAGAGAGUGUUUGCAGUACAAGUGUUUGAGUUGCAUAGACUGAUAAAGGUCCAACAACUGAUUGCUGGAUCACCGGAUCUAUUGUUUGGAGAUGCUGCUUUUCUGGGAAAGUCUAUUCCAGAUGGAUCCACUCCUAAAAAACUUCCAAUUGAAUAUGUUGUAAAAGCUCGGCUACAAAAUCUUAAGCGCAAAGUUGAUUCUGAAAAGAUAGAUCAAAACAUGGAAUGUUCUGCAGAGAAUGCUGUUGGUAAAACAUCUAUUUCGUCAGUGAAAAAUGGGAGCCACCUUUCUAGUUCCAUGCCUUUUGCCGGAAAUCCACACCAAGGAAAUAUGACUGCUGAAAAUGGGAUGGGUCCGUGGUGUUUCAAUCAGUCAACUGGGCAUCAGUGGCUAAUUCCUGUGAUGUCUCCUUCUGAAGGACUCGUCUACAAGCCAUAUCCCGGACCUGGAUUUACAGGAACAAAUUUGGGAGGAUGUGGGCCCUUUGGAUCUGCUCCUUCGGGUGGUGCUUUCAUGAAUCCUUCCUACGGAAUCCCACCUCCACCAGAGACUCCUCCAGGCAGCCAUCCUUAUUUCCCUCCCUAUGGCGGCAUGCCAUUUAUGAAAGCAGCAGCUUCAGAGUCAGUUGUCGAACAGGUGAACCAGUUAUCUGCAGGUGGGCAAAAUCGUCAUUUAUCUGAAGUGGAAGCCGAUUGUAGCAAACAUAAUCAAAGCUCAGGCAACUUACCAGUUCAGAGAAAUGGAGCAACAUCAAAUGUCAUGUAUCGUCAGAGAUCCAAGGAGUUUGAUUUGCAGAUGAGUACAGCAAGUAGUCCUAGCGAAAUGGCACAAGAAAUGAGCACGGGACAAGUUGCUGAAGGAAGAGAUGCACUUCCUCUUUUCCCUAUGGUUCCAGCAGAACCAGAGGCAGUAUCUCAUUCUCUUGAAACAGGACAACAAACUCGAGUUAUCAAAGUGGUGCCCCAUAACCGAAGAUCUGCAACUGAAUCAGCUGCUAGAAUCUUCCAAUCAAUUCAAGAAGAGAGAAAACAGUAUGACAUACUCUAGUGGUGUUUAUUGGUGUGGAGGAUCCAUUCAAGUGUAUGUCGCUAGUUCCUGUACUUUCUGCAGGUGUAGCAUCAUGUAACGGUAUACGAUAUAUAUAGAUAUGUAGAUAUGUCUGGCAUAUCAACAUUGGUCAAAACAUAAUAUUGUUGUAUCACUGUCCUCUUAAGUACUAGUACGUUUUGCCACAGGAAUUGAAUCACCCGAAAGAGUGUUACCUGGCUUGAAAACUAGUGAUUGUUAUCUGUGUUAGGUUAAACUCUAGUUCUAGUUUAUUAUUUAAAUUUUAUUGCAAGGCAAAUUCUAUACCUUACACAAUUUCAUAGCUUAUGAGGGGUCUUAAUAUGAAGAGACAAUUAGUUGCA